CUCGUGCUCUUUUCUCCGCUCCCUUGUGCCUCGCCGCCGCUUCUUCCUCCUCCCGAUUGCCUCCGUCUCCGUCGAUCAUAAUGAAGUACAAUCCCAGAGUGUCGAGCUCCCGCCGGAAGUGCCGGAAGGCGCAUUUCACGGCUCCAUCGAGCGUCCGGCGGGUGCUUAUGAGCGCGCCGCUUUCCACCGAUCUGAGGAACAAGUACAGCGUGCGGUCGGUUCCGGUGCGGAAGGACGACGAGGUGCAGGUGGUGCGCGGCACUUACAAGGGACGAGAAGGAAAGGUCGUGCAGGUUUACCGUCGGAAGUGGGUCAUCCACGUCGAGCGCAUCACCAGGGAGAAGGUUAACGGUUCCACCGUCAACGUAGGCAUCAACCCUUCCAAGGUAGUCAUCACCAAACUCAAGCUCGACAAGGACCGCAAGGCUCUACUCGAUCGCAAGGCUCGUGGUCGUGCCGCUGACAAGUCCAAGGGCAAAUUCACGGCAGAUGAGGUUGCUGCUGGAGGAGCUGCUUCUCUUCAGGAGAUCGACUGAUCUCAUAUAUCUCAAUCGGUCUUUCCCUGGUACCUUACAACAUUCUGGUUAUGGAUCAUCUCAGUUAAUAUGUCUGCUUAACUAUUGAUGAUUAGCUGGAGUUUACGUUAUCAAUGUUAAUGUUUAGCCUGAGGAGAAAACUAGCUAUUAUUAUUAGCAUGUAAGGCCUAAAACACCUCACAAUCUUUCUAUUUAUUAAUUUGCUCUCGAUUUCUA